CCUCUGCCUCCUCAUCUCCGGACCGAACCACCAACUCUUCGAUCGACCUAGUACUUGGUCCUACUCCCACUUCUAGCUCAUGGCCAAGUUGGCGGAGAUCAGGCAAUCGCAGAGGGCAGAGGGUUCGGCGACGGUGCUCGCCAUCGGCACCGCCACCCCUGUCAACGUCUUGUACCAGGCCGACUACCCAGACUACUACUUCCGCAUCACCAAGAGCGAGCACCUCACUGAACUCAAGGAAAAGUUCAAGAGAAUGUGUGACAAGUCGAUGAUCCGCAAACGUUACAUGCACAUCAACGAGGAGAUCCUGAAGGAGAACCCUAACGUCUGCGCGUACAUGGCGCCGUCGCUGGACGCUCGGCAGGAUAUCGUGGUGGUGGAGGUGCCGAAGCUAGGCAAGGAGGCGGCUGUCAAGGCCAUCAAGGAAUGGGGGCAGCCCAAGUCCAAGAUCACCCAUCUCGUCUUCUGCACCACCAGCGGCGUCGACAUGCCUGGCGCCGACUACCAGCUUACCAAACUGCUUGGCCUCCGACCCUCCGUCAACCGGUUCAUGAUGUACCAGCAGGGCUGCUUCGCGGGCGGCACGGUGCUCCGCAUGGCCAAGGACCUGGCCGAGAAUAACCGCGGCGCCCGGGUGCUCGUGGUCUGUUCCGAGAUCACCGCUGUCACCUUCCGCGGGCCCUCGGAGUCCCACCUCGACAGCCUUGUCGGGCAGGCCCUGUUCGGCGACGGCGCCGCGGCCAUCAUCGUCGGCGCUGACCCCGACCCCGCCACAGAGCAGCCGAUUUUCCAGCUCGUCUCCGCCAGCCAGACCAUCCUCCCCGACUCCGAGGGCGCCAUCGACGGCCACCUGCGGGAAGUCGGCCUCACCUUCCAUCUGCUCAAGGACGUGCCGGGCCUCAUCUCCAAGAACAUCGAGCGGAGCCUGGCGGAGGCGUUCAAGCCGCUGGGGAUCAGCGACUGGAACUCCAUAUUCUGGAUCGCGCACCCCGGCGGGCCGGCGAUCCUCGACCAGGUGGAGGCCAAGCUCGGCUUGGAGAAGGAAAAGAUGAAGGCAACGCGGGAGGUGCUGAAAGAGUACGGGAACAUGUCGAGCGCCUGCGUGCUGUUCAUCCUGGACGAGAUGAGGAAGCGGUCGGCCGAGGACGGGAAGGCGACCACCGGCGAGGGGCUUGAGUGGGGCGUCCUCUUCGGGUUCGGUCCCGGCCUCACGGUGGAGACCGUGGUCUUGCACAGCAUCCCCAUCGCUGCUCACUGACGCAAGCUUUUCCUUCCAUCACGUGAAUCUCCCUGUAACUGGUUGUGUGGCUACUGCUAUUGAUAUCCGUCGGUGUGGAUUUAUUUGGCUAUGAAGUUGUCUGUAACUCCUCCAUCAAACCCUCGUAUUUAUCGUGCUGAAGGCGUCGGAGAAAACGUUAUCUAGUGUUAUGUUCUAUGGUGCUUAAUAAACUCCGUUUCCUCA